UAGAAUGUCGCUUGCGGCCAGGUUUCCGUUAUCAAGAGGUAUAAAUACGUACAAAAAACCAAACGAUUCAUACAACUCUCAUCUUCUGUCUACACAACAACAAGAUUAGCAUCACCAUGCAGAGAAUAUCAGCUCUACUCCUUGUGACUCUCGUCGUUUUGGUGAUGUCCACAAAUGGUCACCGUCACCGACACCGUCACCGUCACCAUCGUCACCGACACCACCGUCACAGCAGUAGCAGCAGCAGCAGCGGCGACAGCAGCUACAGCAGCAGCGAGGAGACGAUUGUCCACCACCACCACCACUCGUCUCCUUCCUCCAGCUCCUCCGGGUCCUCCUCAAGUUCCGGAUGUGGAUGUGGGGGAAGUUCCGAGUCCUCUGAGUCGUCCUCCGAGGACUACCCCAUCCCCAUCCCCGUGCCAUUCUCCCACGGCGGCGGCGGCGGUCACAGCCACACCAACUACCUCCCCAUCAUCCUCACAACAGGCGGAAAAUAAGCUUUCGGAGAGCCAGCUGUUGCGUCAAUCGCAUUUGUUCACGGAUAUCGAAUCUGUUGUUAUUGUUAUGUUGUUGUAUAUCCAUCGAUAUUAAAUAAAAUCCUUUCAUGUACA